AUGUCGAGCAUGGAGAGACUACAAAGAAUUUUUGUAGGAGCAGAAGGCGCGGUGGCCCAUCCACCACCGGAUUCUCCCACUCUCAAUUCCUCUAGCAAAUCUACAUCUCAUCUCUCGCCCUCCUUAAAAUGCUUAAACACGGAAGAGUCUGGGAGACCAAUGGAAGUGAUGGAUUUGAUGCUUAGAGAGUUUGUGGAUGAAUAUACUAUUCGUGUUAUGGAUUUAUUCGCAAUGCCACUAAGUGGUAUUGGGUUAUUAGCAACAUGGUUGCGGUUGUUGUGA